AGUCUAACAACCAAUAGAAAAAUAAGCAAAAAAUGCAAACAGAAAAUAAAUACAAAUGGUCUUGGAACACUGAAGAAAAAAACCCCUCCCUCUUGCCUCCUUGCAGCCGAGAAAGCAACAUAGGUCACCAGCAGCUCUACUGGAGCCAUCUGAGAAAAUUCGUCCAGGGUUCUCGCUCUUGCCGGGUCUGCUCAAACCGGCACCAUCUGAUCCGGAAAUACAGCCUCAAUAUGUGCUGCCAGUGUUUCCACCAGUAUGUGAAGGACAUUGGCUUCAUUAAGUUGGACUAACUGAACUUCCUUAAAUGGAUCAUCCAGCACAUCUACCUUAACAAUACUAGCUCUUUGUAUAUAAAAUAGAAGUUUUAAAAACUUAAAAAAAAAAACCUCAAUCUCAUUUAAAAUAAAUGUUUUCUGUAAAGUAAUUAGCCUCCAACUAAUAAAAAUAAAUGAAAAAAAAAGAAAUGUUUCCUGUAGCAACUGCUGUCAAGACUCUGGAGAAAAACACAACCACAUUCCGUAAAAUUAAACUGUCAAAAUAACUUUUGACA